AGGUUUAGGGAGAGUGUAUAUUGAAGUUCUAGUUGCCAAUGAUCAGAGCAAAAGAGUUUUGCAUGUUCAAAGUAUUUCAUGUUGGGCACCAAGUUGCAUUGGACCUUAUAGUCAGAGCACUUGUAGAAGUAAAGCCGAUUCUUUAUGUCCCGGAGACUGCAGAAACACCCGAAGAAACCUCCUGUGAACUUUCUAGCACCGUGGCACCAAGUUCUUUCGGUUUUCAACCUGCAGAUUGGCACGAUUCAUGUAUUCAGAAAUGUGUCAUUCACGGAAAGAUAUGUUCAAUGGCUUUGACUAUCACAAGUGUAGUGGCAAUGAAGAUUUGUUCUGAUUCUAUGAAUGCCGAUCGGAGCAACAGCAAUCACCAGAAUUCUCUCACGGAGAACCAAAUGAAAAGAAUAUCUAGAUUUUGCAUCUAUCUUCUUGACAAAACUGCUAUUGAAAAUGGUUUCUCCUGGAAAGAUACCAUGAUUUUGAGACUCUACAUCCCACAAAAUCUCCAUGUGCCAUUGGAGACAAUAUCGAGCUUGUUCGAGGACGCAUUCAAGGAACUUGAUCAGAUGAAUGGCGGUGCCAAAGUCGACGGGAAACCUAUCUUCAAUCUUGUUCCAGUCCUAGGUGCCGGAAGAUCCGCUGCGUGCACAGAAGAUACGAUCACCUGUGAGUUGUUUGCUCGGAAAUAUUGA